GCCGCCCCCUCCCCGCGCUCCCCGCGCACACUCGGACCGGCCCCGCGCCCCUCCCGCUCCGCGCCCCCCGCACCCCGGGCCGGGCCGGGCCGGGCCGGGCCGCGCCGCCGGGGCUCGCAGCAGCGCCCGCCCGGGUGCAGCCAGUUAGAAGAUCAAGGGUGCCGCUCCAGCAGGAGAACAGGAAGGAGACCUACAGGGAGCUCUGCCUGCUCCAGGGUGGGAUUUGGCAGCCCUCAGUCACAGUCUGUCGGAGCAUUGUGGGCCCCCGUGGGAGCCAGGAGCAGCUUGUGGUGGACCUGUUGUGCUCCUGCCAUCUUAUGGUGGUGCCAGGGCCUCGCUGUGUGCCCGGGCAAGGUGAUGGACAGCAGGGGGGAGAUGGAGGUGGUGAGGAGCACCAAGGGCAGUGCUGCUGGGGAGGUCAGUGUCCACGUGGUCACCACUGAGAGCACGGUGCAGAGCACCCACCUGCCCACCACUGCCUUCAUCAUACCAGCAAACGCCACUGCCAUCAACCUUCCCACGAGCACCUUAGAAAUCCAGCGAUUCCCCCGGGAGCCCCAGAGGAGCACGGGGGCUGAGAGGCCAGACAGGGGAGCAGGGAACGAGCCCAUCACAGCUGCUGUCAUUCCCCAGAUCAGUGGGGUGCAGACCUGCAGCACAGUCCGUGUGCUGGAGUGGAAAGAUGGGGUGGCAACUUUGCCUGGGAGUAACCUGCGGUUCCGGAUAAAUGAGUACGGCACGCUGAAGGUGGUGAGUGCUGAUAAGAUGCCUCCUGUGGAAGCUGUGAAGGAGGGUCACUCAGAGAAAGAUGGGGACUCCGAGGUGGCACCCCCCAGCAGAGACAAUCCCACUGCGGCUCAGGACGUGCCGGAGCAGCCCGCGGCAGAAGGGCUGUGCCACUGCGACACCUGCGGCCGCAGACACGCGUGGGACGGCGCCCGCCAGGGCAGGGGCUUCUGCAGCGAGCACUGCCACCAGCAGUUCAAGGAGAGGUCUGUCAUUGUGGAAAACUCUGCCAGCAGCACCAAUGCCACUGAAAUCCUCAAGCCUGUGAAGAAACGAAAGAGGAAGGACUAUCAGAGUCCCUCGGAGGAAGAAUAUGAAUCUGAGCAAAUGGAGGAAAAGCAGGAAGAGAGGAAAAGCUCAGUGGAAGACUCUGCCAUGAGCAAUCUGGAGGCUGAGGCGUGGAAUGGGAGCCAGCACGGUGCCAGUGAGGAGAAGAAAGAAGGCUGGUCUUGGGCGUCCUACUUGGAGGAGCAGAAAGCUGUCGCUGCCCCUUUAGAUCUCUUCCAGGAUUACCAAGUAGCUUCCCAGCACAAGAAUGGCUUUAAAGUGGGGAUGAAGCUGGAGGGGAUUGACCCACAGCACCCAUCCAUGUACUUCAUCCUGACAGUGGCUGAGGUGUGUGGCUACCGGAUGCGGCUCCACUUCGAUGGCUACUCUGAGUGCCACGACUUCUGGCUGAAUGCUGACUCCCCUGACAUCCACCCUGCUGGCUGGUUUGAGGAGACAGGGCACAAACUCCAGCCCCCCAAAGGGGUUGUAGGUUAUAAGGAAGAAGAAUUCAGCUGGACAAACUACCUGAAGUUAACAAAGGCUCAGGCAGCUCCUAAGCACCUCUUCAUGGUCCGAAACACUCACGAGGCUUCUCCAGGCUUCAAGGUGGGCAUGAAGCUCGAAGCCGUGGACCGCAUGAACCCUUCCCUGAUCUGUGUUGCCACAGUGACUGACGUGGUGGACAAUCGCUUUCUGGUGCACUUUGACAACUGGGAUGAUACUUAUGACUACUGGUGUGAUCCCAGCAGUCCAUACAUCCACCCAGUUGGAUGGUGUCAUGAGCACGGCAAACCCCUCACACCUCCUCAAGAUUAUCCUGAUCCUGACAACUUCACCUGGGAAAAGUAUUUGAAAGAAACUGGAGCAUCUGCUGUCCCAGCUUGGGCCUUUAAAGUGCGCCCACCCCACGGCUUCCUGGUCAACAUGAAGCUGGAGGCAGUGGACAGGAGGACUCCUUCCUUCAUCCGAGUGGCCAGUGUGGAGGACGUGGAAGAUCACAGGAUAAAGGUCCAUUUUGAUGGCUGGAGCCACGUGUAUGAUUUCUGGAUUGAUGCAGAUCAUCCGGACAUCCAUCCCAUGGGCUGGUGCUCAAAAACAGGACACCCAUUGCAGCCUCCUCUCAGGCCAAAGGAACCAGCCUCCUCUGCCCAUGGGGGCUGCCCAAGCCUGGGCUGCAAGAGUAUCCCUCACUCCAAGAGCUCCAAGUACAGCUUUCAUCACAGGAAGUGCCCCACGCCGGGCUGCGAUGGCUCAGGCCAUGUGACGGGGAGGUUCACAGCCCAUUACUGCCUCUCAGGGUGCCCGCUGGCAGAGAAGAACCAGGGCAGGCUGAAGGCCGACUUGUCUGACACCGAGGCCUCGACGCGCAAGAGGAGCCCCAUGGGUUUCCCUCAGCGAAAGAAAUCUCGGCACCACGGGAGAGGGAGACCUCCCAAGUACCGGAAGAUCCAGCAGGAAGACUUCCAGACUAUUUCUUCAGACAAUGUGCACCAGUCGCUCUUCAUGUCCGCCCUGUCCGCCCACCCCGACCGCUCCCUGUCCCUGUGCUGGGAGCAGCACUGCAAGCUGCUGCCAGGGGUGGCUGGCAUCACAGCGGCCACGGUGGCCAAGUGGACCAUCGAUGAGGUUUUUAGCUUUGUGCAGACUCUGACGGGUUGUGAGGACCAAGCCAAGCUCUUCAAGGAUGAGAUGAUCGACGGCGAGGCGUUCCUCUUGCUGACGCAGGCUGACAUCGUCAAGAUUAUGAGUGUCAAGCUGGGCCCAGCACUCAAGAUCUACAAUGCCAUCCUCAUGUUCAAGAACGCCGAUGACACCUUAAAGUGACUUCUCUUGGCCCAGCUGGGACCCUCCCUCAUCACUGGUGCUGCCAAACUGUCUGGUCAGGACAGAGAUUCCCCCAGCCAAACGCAGCUUGUCACGUCCUGCUCGUGUCCUCCCGGGUGCCACACAUCCCUGUCCCACCAGUCCACCUCCCAUCCUGUUCCUUGCACGCUGCCCUGUGCAGCCGCAGGCCUCGGGGGCGGUUGCAGGGAAGGAGGGUGGGGGUGGCACUGGCCCAUCUUGGUGCCACAGCUGCCCCCACUGUGUGCUGCUGUGCCUGGGUCCCUGUGACCCUGUGCCCCGGGUCAGGGGUGCUGAGGGCUGGGGAGCACUGUGGAGGGUGUCACAGUGGGGGCUGGCAGCUGCUCGAGUCACCCAGGCAGGGGAGGGACUGCCUGCCUGCGUCCAUGCUCACACCCACUUAAAGGCUGCUCUCGCCCUUGCUCAGCAGCUGGGAGAGAUCUGGGGUUUUUCCCUCUCUGUGAUCCUCUGGGGGUACUUGUGCUAACACCAUUUCCAAGGGACAUUCUUGAGGAGCUUCUGCUCAUUUUGCCUUUAUCUCUGAAUUCUUUUUCCCUUUUUAAGGCCAGUUGAUGACUGCUUUGCCCCUGCACUGCACUGCAAACCAGUGGCCACCUCUUGCCCCUUCAGGGAGCAGCUGUUCUGACAGCUGCUCUGCCCAUGACCAGCGUCUGUGCUUUCUUCCUCUUUCCUGGAAUUCAGCAGCCCCAGGGCCCUGCCAGGCCAGGGCUGGCUGGGUGCAGAAAAGGCUCCAUUUCUUCUUGCACUUCAGACUGUUUUGUCCAGCACUUCUCUGGGAGAAAGGAUCCUUGGAUAGCUUGUUCCCCUUCCACCUAUUAAAGAGUCCUCUACAAAGGAAGUUGUGCCCUCUUUGGUCCUUGUAUUAGGAGCAAGGCCCUCUCUAGGGUGGGGACAGCUGCCAAGGACAAGAAGCAUCCAUUGCUCCAAUAGGCAGAUCCACAGUUGCUUCGCAAGGGGUUCCUGAGUUGGCUGAGUCAAUUCUGCCAAGCUGCCUUCUCCCCACUCUUUGCCCUCACGAGGCGCCUGGGUUUUGCUGUCUGAAGAGCAGGAUCUUCUGCUGUCCCUGGAUCCCUUACUUGCAGAGCUCAAAGAAAUCCAGCACUUAGCUGGUUUGUUUCUGUCCUUUUCAGAGCACAGCACCUUUCCAACAGGGCCACAGGCAGUUUGGGAAUGCUCAUGUAACACUGUCCCUUGUGAUGGAGGAGGGACCAAAGGGCUGCAGAGCCAGAAAAACCAACAUUCCUGGGGGUCCUGGCAGAGCCCAGCAGCUUCUGAUAGGCCCCUGUGCCUCCUGGCAGUCCCCACACUGCUCUCCGUGGUCCAUCACCCUGGCACACCUCUGUGGGAGCUGUCGGAGCAGGGGCUGGCCAUGCAGUGCUGGAGGAUGGCCACCUGCCCAGAUGGCCAUCUGCCCAGGGACCCAGUCCCAGGUCCACUUCAUUUCCCAUUCCCAACAAUGACAUUCCAGUAAUAAAACAACUUCCCCCCUUUCCCAGUGCCCAAAGACAGGGAUGCAGAGGUGUGAGCAAGUGCACCAGCAAUGUGUCCUGGAGCUGCGCUGCCUUGGGAGCUACUGUCACAUCUGGGUCAACCUGUUUGAGGCUUCCCAUGGAAAUGUAGCAUUUUGACUCUGUUAUUCAAUAUUUGGGGUCAGGUUUGACCUGCCCUUGAAACGUCUGCUGCUUGCUCUUCCCACAGGACUUGCAACUUGUCCAUGCCUUCGUUUUGUCAUUGCUUGGGUUUGAUCUAGGCAGCUUUCUUUCUCCUUUCUUUUUUAAUGUCCUUGUAUCUUUUCAAGCGCUGCAGUGUGGCCAGCUGUGGAGAGAGGGAGUGGGAAGGAGCAGCUGUGUCCCUGGGUCCCAGAGUCACUCUCCGAGCCACCCUUCAUGUGCAGGAAGUGGUGUGGAGGUUGGUCUCUUCAGCUGAUGGACAGUCUCUUUCUGGGCAACUGUGUGCUGGGGCAGAAGAGGACGAGGCCUGGGACCUUCAGCCCAGGCUGUGAAUGGUGCUGAGACUUUUCCAGGUGUGGUCUGGAAUGAAAAGGCUCUCUCACACUGGACACAGCCCUUGAGAUUGCAAGGACCCAUCUUAGGAAGUAUCCUGUUCUCAUCUGCUGUAUUGCCAGAUGUGAAAUCAUUUCUCCUGCUGGGGAAGGGAAUGAGCACCAUUCCAGGGUCCUAGGAGAGGAGCUGCUGCCCAGGCAUCAGAUCUGAAGCUACUGUGAAGGAGGGAGAGCCUUGUGUCUCACAGGGCUGUCUAUGAGAGCAGAGGUGGUGAGGAGCUCAGAAAGGGAAGAGGAGCCAUGAGCCAAGCCCUGGCUGCCCUCCAGGGCUGGGUACAACCAGCACCACUGGCUCUGGCUGUGCUGCUGGGUGCAGCCAAGCCGUGCUCUGCCUGGGCACCAGCCCCACAGGCUGAGGUGCAUCCCCACACUGUGCCAGCCACGGCACCACCUGCCCUGGCCUCUCCUCACCUCCCUCUUGGAAACAGACAUGACCUGGACUGGACUGCCAGGGUGCUGCCCCUUGUCUGGGGGGUCUGGCUGCAGAGCUGGAGCCCAGCUCCCCACUGGGAGCAGCUGUCAGGAGCACCAGUCCCACUGGAAGGGGGGGGGGAGAUGGCAGGCUGUCACACCUGCUGGAUUGAGCAUCACUUCCUCAGCCUCUCUGGCUGAUGUACCUGUAGGGCACACAGCUGCUGGAUUUAUCUGGGUGAGGGAGUUACAGGGUUUGUAGGUGGUCAAGGGCUAUUUACUGUUAAAACUUAUAACCUUCUGUGUCCUUUAAAACCAAACCCAAAGCAUCGUGUACGUGUGGAUGGGUGAUUGUGGGAGUACCAUGAUACCAUUCCCCUGCUGUUGAUGUGUUGCUGUUUUAGGAUGGGGGUCUCUGGGGCUGUGGAGGCAGCAGACACCCAUCCCAGGGUUUCAUGUGACGUGUCCUCUGUGAGCAGUUGUCCCUGAUCCCAGCAAGGAGGCCCUGGUCGCAGCAAGAAGGAGUUUGCGGCACCCCUGGCCUUGGUAGGUCCUCCAACCCCACAGAGCACUGAGUGGAAGUCCCCCCUCAGGGACUGUUAAGGACAGCUGUGACCGAGGCAGAAGCACCAAAGUUUUCUGUCCUUCCCCUGCUGCCUGACCAGAUUCCUCACAGGGACAUUUACUGCUGUGUCACUAAGAAGCCAGAGAGGACAGUGGGCUGGGUCUGGCUCACAGGUUCUCUGGAGCCUUUCUGAGGGUUGUGGCUGCAGCCAGCUUUUCUAAGUCAAUGAAGAAUUCUUCAAGUUGAAUGUUUUUCUGAGUGGAGGUCCCCAAGUCUGUGUUUCUGCCAUUCCUGCCCCUGCAGCUGGUGUUGAGACAUGAGAGAAGUCCCACUACGUGCUCCAGCCUCAGCUAUGGGGUGUCCCCUUGGGGGGCUGGUCUGUGGCUGACUCUGGGUGUGUGGGAGCAGUUGCAGCCUCUUGGGAAACUGUUUCCUCCUGCCAGUGGAAAUGGGCAGCACUGGGACAAUGUGAGCCAAGGUCUCCAUUUCCAUGAGAGCCUGGAGCUUAGCAGGGAGGGCGGCUGUGCCUGCCCCACCAGAGCACAGCUGCCCGCCCUCGCCUGCCUCUGCUGCUCUCCGUGGCAAUCACAAGCAUUGUCAGAAGAGAAAAGCACCCUGCACUGGUCUGGGAGGGCUGGGGGCUUUUGGCAGCUGCUGCCCACAGGGACACAUCUGGGCCCGUGGGUGCGAUGAGGUUGGAAGAGGGAGCCAGGAGAGGAGUGUGACUUUGCCGCUCGGGUUCCUCACUCCAUCCUCCAGGAGGGCUCCUCGAUGCAGAGAGGGAAAGACAGGGCUGCAGCUUGGCUCCCUUCCUCCAGCCUAGCCCUUCCCUCUGGGGCUUGAGGCUCACUGUACUCGGAGGGGGAAUGGGGACCAUAUUGUGGAGGGAGUGUGAUUAUGACAACAAAAGCUUUUUUGCACUUUCAUUCAUUUUGCACUCUUUCUUAAUUUCUUUUUUUUUGUGUGUUUUUGAUAUCGGCGCCUCCUCUCUGUGUUUUCAUAAUGAAAAUCCUUCUGUUGUAGCCAGUGCAGCUAUUCUGGAACUGUGUGUCCUGAAUGUACAGAGAUUUAAAGGCUCUAUAUAUAUAAAUUUAUAUUGGUACAAAGGUAAAUUUAUAUAUAUAGAUGAUGGUGUGAUGUGUUUUGUCAGUGUUUUAAAAUAAUAAACGAAUGUGAGCAACA